GGAAAAAAGAUGGCGAACAGCAAACUACCCGCGAUUCUGAUGACAUGCUUUGCCGCCUUUGGUGGUAUUUUGUUUGGUUAUGACACUGGAACGAUCUCCGGUAUCAUCGCCAUGCCCCAUUUCCUCGAGGUCUUCGGUACCCUCGGCCCCGACGGCGUCCACUACAUCCCCUCCGCCGACAAAUCCCUCAUGGUCUCCAUUCUCUCCGCCGGAACCUUCUUCGGUGCUCUCCUCGGUUACCCCUUCUCCGACUACAUGGGCCGCAAAUGGGGUCUCAUCGCCGCGUGUCUCGUAUUCUGUGUCGGUGUUGCGCUCCAAACCGCUGCUGUCGGUGUCGCUGUCUUCUCAGUCGGAAGAUUCGUCGCGGGUUUGGGUGUCGGUAUCGUGAGUUGUUUGGUACCGAUGUAUCAGAGUGAGUGUUCGCCAAAGUGGAUUCGUGGUACUGUUGUGUCUUGUUACCAAUGGGCUAUUACCAUCGGUCUCCUCCUCGCCGCCAUCGCAAACAACGGCUGCAAAGACCGUCCGGACGCCUCUGCCUACCGUAUCCCCAUCGGUAUCCAAUUCAUCUGGGCUGCGAUCCUCGCAGGUGGAAUGCUCUUCCUCCCCGAAUCCCCACGCUACUACAUCAAGAAGGGCCGUAACGACCUUGCUGCACACUCGUUGUCGCGCUUGUUGAACUGUGAUUUGGAGGAUGAGGAGUUGAAGACUGAACUCGCUGAGAUCCAGGCGAACUUGGAGCAUGAGAGACGCAUUGGCAGUGGAACCUACUUGGACUGCUUCAGGGAGGGCAAGGGAAAGAACCGCAUGAGGGUUCUUACUGGUAUCUUCCUGCAGGCGUGGCAGCAGUUGACUGGUAUCAACUUUAUCUUUUACUACGGUACAACCUUCUUCGAGCAAUCCGGCAUCAGCAACCCCUUCAUCAUCACAAUCAUCACAAACGUCGUCAACGUCGUCUCCACCGUCCCAGGAAUGUACCUCGUCGAACGCCUCGGCCGCCGUCAACUCCUCCUCAUCGGAGCAGCAGGAAUGUGUCUGUGUGAAUUCAUCGUCGCCAUCGUCGGUGUCACUGUUGGUUCUGACAACCUUGCGGCACAGAGGGUGUUGAUUUCGUUCGUGUGUAUCUACAUUUUCUUCUUUGCGGCGAGUUGGGGACCGAUUGCCUGGGUUAUCUGUGGUGAGAUUUACCCGCUCUCGAUUCGUGCGAAGGCUAUGUCCCUCUCCACCGCCUCCAACUGGCUCUGGAACUUCGGUAUCGGGUACGCGACGCCUUACAUGGUCGACGCCGGACCCGGAAACGCAAACCUCGGUGCCAAGGUCUUCUUCGUCUGGGGAUCCACUUGUCUCGGAUGUUUGAUCUUCACUUACUUCCUCAUUCCCGAGACCAAGGGUUUGAGUUUGGAGGAGAUUGAUGUCAUGUACGAGGAGGUUAGCCCGAGGAACAGUGUUAGGUGGAGCCCGGCUGCUGGGUUGAGGCACGAUUCGGAGAACCAGUUCUCCAAGAGUGUGCAUGAUCAGAAGGUUAGUGAGACGAGGGUUGAUGAUAUUAGGAUGAGCGAUGUGUAG